AUGACCGCGAGGGCUGCCAUGACACAAGCAAAGUUAUCCCAUCAUGCAAGUGGUGUUUGCUGUUCACCAGUUUUGGUGCCGUCGGGAAUGUCUGAAGAAAUGCCUGAAGGACUGCUGCAAGACUGCAAGACUGCUGCAAGACUGCAAGACUGCUGCAAGACUGGUCGCGAAGAGAAGAGAAACUUCGGCUCUGUCAAGAUUGUGGGCGUUGUCAGAACCAAAAUUUGGCAGCCCACCAGCCAAUCGGGAUAUGGACCCGCCUUCCGAUACUCUAUCCGGUGUGUCUCAUCGACGCUGUGCGUCGCUGUCUUCGCACGAUUGCUGGGACGAUGUCCGGACUAUGCAGAUCUCCAACCAAAACCCAUCUUUAGCGAGCAGGAUGUCGCACUCGUAAGUCGUGAAAAGAAUGCGGAUGGCGUGAACAACUCACUGCUUUGCGAUGCUAUACUGAAGCUCGGAUUAGACGAAUUGCUCGGGUUCUGUCGCUGUGACGAGCACCCAUACCAUGCGGAUCUCGAUCGCCUCGUCCCAUCGACAGCAAUCAUCCGAAGUGGCACUGCUGGACGGUGA